AGCAGCCUUGCAACACAGCUGAAAGAGGUUCAGCAAGAGAGAGACGGACUCAAGAGAGAGCUGGCUGAUCUAACAAAGGAGGRGAGAGAGCUCCAAAAAGACAGGCAGAGCAGCAAUAAGGAGCUGACCACACUAAGAGAGGAGCUGCAGGAGAGAAAGAGAACAGAGGACAGGCUGCAGGAGCAGCUAGAUCACCACCAUAUGACCUGCCCUCACACAGCAGAGGAGCCCAGCUCAACCAGCCAGACUCCCCCAUCCCUGCCUGCUGCACCCCUCCUCCCCAACCCAUAGAACAGCCUCCCACUGACAGUGGCACCGACACAGACCAGCCACACCCCAGCUCCAACACCCACCAGCCCCCAGUCCAGAAGAAACACUGGCUGACAUCGUCCUGUUAAUGGACUCAAAUGGGAAGUAUGUUCAGGAGAAUAAACUUUUCCCUAGACACAAAACGAGAAAGGUGUGGUGCCCAACAACGCAGAGUGCCAUGGAGCUGCUUGAUAAGGCCCAUCUCGGGUCGCCAAGCCACAUAAUCAUACAUACCGGAAGCAACAACCUGCGUGCUCAGCAGGAGAGGGUGGCGACUUCACUACGGGGAGUGAUUGAGAAGGCCUCCGCAAUCUUCCCCAACUCAAGAAUCGUAGUGUCAACCCUUCUACAGAGGAGGGACUUCCACCCUGCCACAAUCCAAAGAAUAAACGCCAGCCUAUCCCGGGACUGUGCCCUGCGACCCAAUGUACAACUGGCCCACCAUCCCACCCUCGAUCUGGACUGUCUCUAUGACCAUGUUCACCUGUACAGGGAGACAGUCCCCAUCCUUGCCAAGACUCUAAAGGACGUCGCUUUAAACCGCAGCCCGACCUCUCCACCCAGGAACAGCGGAGCAAUCUCCACCCCGCCGAGAUCACCGAGACAACACCCCGGACCAGCACCCUGGAACCCCCAGCCACGACCACAGCACCACCAACCUCAAUGCCCACCACAGCCAGCGCAACACAGACCACCCCAGCCCAGCUUCAGAGCCACCCAGACGAGGCCUCCCACCCCCCUGCCCCCCACCGCAGACCCACACUCGGAGGAGCCACAGCCCAGCAGGCAGAGCUACGCACAGGCUGUGAGAGGAGCAACUGGCCCAGCCCCCACCAACCAAAUGAGUGACAUUAAACAAAUGCUGAGUCUACUAUGCUCACAUGUGAUAGGCUGAGGGUCAUGGUAAGAUGAGCACAAGAACUCCACCAUUCUCACACUACAUCCACCCAAGUGGCAUGACACAACUUCUAUCUUAAAUGAUAAACAAAUCACAUUUGCAAAAUAAGAGUUUACUUUAAUUGAAAAAUCCUAUUUUAAUAGUUCUUGUUGGAUUG